AUGGCAGCCUUGUUGUCAUUACGAGAUUACGCAGACUCGGAGGCUUCGAGUAGCGAAGAUGAUGGAUUAAACGCACAUUUGAAACCUCUUGCGGAUUUAUCUACGUCAGUUUCGUCAACUAUUAGCUUAGUUUCUGCUCCAGAAGUAGUCAGUAAUGAGGAUACCUCCGGACUGAGACACAUAGACCCCAAGACGAAGGAGCUGAAAUAUAAUCCUAAACACGAUGAGUUGUUUGCACCAAGUAUAGGACCAGAAAAUCCUUACAAGACAGAGCAAGCUAAAGCAGUCCGGAAUAGUUUGGCAGGUUUUGUCGAGCCAGCACACUUCAACGACUUUCAGUUUGACACUCAGAGGAAAACAUUUACAAGUUAUGGCUUUGCUCUUGAUCCGAGCGUGGAUGGCAGUGGGCAGACAGACACAGUUGUUGGGGAUUCUACUGCAUUCUCCGAAAAUGAGGGCAAAACAGUGUUUGAAACCAACCCAAAGGUAGAAAAACCAAAGAAACGGAAGAAGGAGAAGAACAUGGAUUCAUCAGAUAUUGAAGGAUACUUGGGUCCAUGGGCAAAAUAUACAGACGAAGAAACAGUUUCGAGACCAAGUGAGGAAGAGCAGAAAGAGUUGGAUGAGAUUCUGGCCAAGCGAAGUAAAUCUGGCAAACAAAUAGAGGAGAAGACAAUAGAGGAGAAAACAACACUACACAUUAAAGAGGCAUAUGACUACCAAGGGAGAUCAUUCCUGCAUCCACCCCAAGAUGUUGGCGUUAACCUGAAGUCUGAUGAACCUCCAGAAAAGUGCUUCCUUCCAAAGAAGCUGAUACACACAUGGACUGGUCACACCAAAGGUAUUGCAGCCAUCCGGUGGUUUCCCAAGUAUGCCCAUCUUAUUCUGUCAGCUGGCAUGGACUGUAAAAUUAAGAUCUGGGAGGUAUAUAAAGAAAGGCGCUGCAUCAGGACCUACACCGGCCACAAGCAGGCAGUCCGAGACGUUUGCUUCAACAACGAUGGCAAGGAGUUUCUCAGCUGUGGUUAUGAUAGGUACUGCAAACUUUGGGACACAGAGACAGGUGAAUGCAAGGCUCGGUUUACAAGUCGAAAGGUUCCGUACUGCAUCAAGUUCCACCCCGAAGAAGACAAACAACAUUUAUUUGUGGCAGGGACAUCAGACAAGAAAAUUGUUUGUUGGGAUAUUCGGUCGGGUGAAAUAAUUCAAGAAUACGACAGACAUUUGGGGCCAGUGAAUUCCAUAACUUUCAUUGACCAGAACAGAAGAUUUGUGUCAACCUCUGAUGAUAAAAGUCUGCGCGUUUGGGAGUGGGAUGUUCCAGUUGACUUUAAAUACAUCGCUGAUCCAUCCAUGCACUCGAUGCCAGCAGUCUCUCUGUCACCCAAUGGGAAGUGGUUGGCCUGUCAGUCUAUGGACAACAAGAUCUGUGUCUUCAAUGCUCUCAACAGGAUGAAGUUUAUCAGGAAAAAGACUUUCACUGGACACAUGGUUGCUGGCUAUGCUUGUGGCAUUGACUUUUCUCCCGAAAUGAGCUAUAUUACCUGCGGGGACGCAGACGGCAAGGUCUACAUCUGGGACUGGAGAAGCACCAAACUAUACUCCAAGUUCAAGGCCCAUGAUGACGUCUGCAUCAGUGUUUUGUGGCACCCACAUGAAACAUCUAAAAUUGCAACUGCAGGCUGGGAUGGGGUCAUCAAGUUUUGGGAUUAA